AUGCCCCCCAAGAAGGCUGUCGUGCAAGAGAAGGUGCUCCUGGGCCGUCCGGGUAACAACUUGAAGAGUGGUAUCGUUGGUCUGGCCAACGUCGGUAAAUCGACACUCUUCCAAGCCAUCACCAAGUCGUCGCUGGGUAACCCGGCCAACUUCCCCUAUGCCACCAUCGACCCCGAAGAGGCGCGCGUCAUCGUCCCCGACGAGCGUUACGAUUGGUUGUGCGAUCACUACAAGCCCAAGUCGCAGGUCCCUGCCAACUUGACGGUUUACGAUAUCGCCGGUCUGACCCGCGGUGCGUCCACCGGUGCCGGUCUGGGUAACUCUUUCUUGUCGCACAUCCGUGCCGUCGACGCCAUCUUCCAGGUCGUCCGAUGCUUCGAUGACGCCGAGAUCAUCCACGUCGAGGGUGACGUCGACCCCAUCCGGGAUCUGACCAUCAUCAACGAGGAGCUGCGCAUCAAGGAUAUUGAGUUCACUGAGAAGGCUCUGGAGGCGCUCGGCAAGCAGACGCGACGUGGUGGCCAGACUUUGGAGAUGAAGAAGCUCCGUGAGGAGGAGGCUACCGUCGCCAAGGUGCUGGAGUUCCUGAAGGAGGGCAAUGACGUCCGCAAGGGCGAGUGGGGUCCCAAGGAGGUCGAGGUUAUCAACCCUCUCAUGCUUCUCACUGCCAAGCCCGUUGUCUACUUGGUCAACCUGAGUGAGCGUGACUACAUCCGCCAGAAGAACAAGUACCUUCCCAAGGUCUUUGAGUGGAUCAAGGCCAACUCGCCCGGCGACCCUCUCAUCCCCAUCUCCGUGGCGUUCGAGGAGCGUCUGACCCGCUUCGAGACCGAGGCCCAGGCUGAGGAGGAGUGCAAGACGCUGAACACCAAGUCGUCGCUGCCCAAGGUCAUCACCACCAUGCGUCAGGUGUUGAACCUGGCCAGUUUCUUUACCACGGGUGCCGACGAGGUGCGCCAGUGGACUAUCCGUAAGGGCAUCAAGGCUCCUGCCGCUGCUGGUGUCAUCCACACCGACUUCGAGAAGACUUUCAUCCAGGCCGUCGUGUACAACUACAAGACCCUGCGGGAGUACGGAGACGAAGGUGCCGUCAAGGCCGCCGGUAAGGUGAUGACCAAGGGUAAGGAUUACGUUGUCGAGGAUGGCGACGUGCUCCUCAUCAAGGCGGGUGCUGCUCGUGGUUAA